AUGGCUCCUCAGCCCAUCGGGCAUAAUGCUCAAGUUCAACCUAUUACAACAACACUAAGAAAUAUCUGUCGCGAUUACCCUGCUGGCGGUACCGUACUUCGAGAGCUCUUGCAAAACGCUGACGAUGCAGGCGCAAAAGAAGUGCGAUUCAUUCUUGACGAACAAACCCAUCCAACAGACCAGCUCUUACACCCUCUUCUGGCACAGUACCAAGGCCCAGCUUUGCUGGCGUACAACAAUGCGCAGUUCACUGACAAGGACUUUGCUAGUCUCGCGCAUAUAGGUGACUCGGGGAAGAUUAAUGAUGGAACGACAACUGGCAAGUUUGGACGUGGGUUCAACUCCGUGUACAACUGGACGGACUCGCCAUCAAUCGUCUCUCGCGAUCGUAUUCUCAUCCUCGAUCCACACCAUGAGUGGUCAGAAGGCAAAACUAUAGGUGGUCCUAUCUACAAUUUUGUCAAAGAUCAUAAAGAUCCAGCCCUCAAGAAUACAAUGGCCGCGUACCAGCGGGUCAUGGGACAAUUUGACCGCCCACUUGAGGGGACAAUAAUUCGCAUCCCGCUGCGCAACCCAGCUCAAGCUUUAAAAAGCGACAUUUCACCACGCACAACUACUGUACAAGAAAUGACGAAGAUCCUGAAAACCUUCGCGGACGAUUUCGCAGACCAUGGGCUGUUGUUUAUGCGUAGUGUAGAGAAGCUAGAGCUUGGUUCCUCGGGCAUGUCGAUCGUGAUUGAGAUGAUAGAUGUGGAAGCUCUUCGCUCGUACAAAUCGAAAGUUAACGACGCCGUGAAGUGCGCCUCAAAAGACCCGAACUAUUCUUUCGACCUUUCGUUUCAAGCAUCUAUCAAGACCAAGAGCGCAACAGAGUCAAAACAAAGUGCCUUCAUUGUUCAUCAUUGCAUUAACGGUGGUUCAAUAGAUGGAAGUCUUCGCGAUUGGGCAGCGACUCAGAAUCUGCUACCUUGGGUGGCAGUUGCGUCUCCUCUUCUGACUGAGCCCACCAGAACUGUCAAUGGGUCACUAUUUACCGUCUUGCCGCUACCAAUUGAGAGUAGGCAGCCUGUACACAUUCACGGGAUGUUCAGUCUGUCGCCAGAUCGUACACGACUUCACCACUGGAGCGAUCGAGGUAUCCAGGAUGAAGAUCCGGGAAAAUGGAAUUUCUUUUUGUUCAAACAUUUGGUUCCUUUUGCCUGGACUCGGGUUCUAAACUAUUUGGCAGUUUUGCACCCUGACCAGCCAGCAUUUGACAGAUGGCCUCAAAAUAUUGAUGGUACCCGAGAACAUCUGAGUAAUUCUCUUGAAGAUGUUCUCUCGGUCAUUGAAACAGAGUCAUUGCCCCUUUGGCCUUCCAAUGUCGGCUAUGUAUCUUCAAAGGAGGGCCUGCUUUACACGGGGAUUGGCGAUGCGGCUUUAAGCGAAGCUCUCCGGGAAGCAGGAGCGCCAGUUGUAUACGUCCCGGAACAACUACAGCAAGAAGCUCAGCGCCUAUUCAACGGGAGAAUAUUGGGACCCGAAAGCCUCUGUCAUUUUUUGAGGGUCGUGGGCGACAACGUUAAGCUAUGGAGUAACGGGACCAAGCAACGAAUCGCUGAGUAUCUCUUGGCGGAGCCAGGCUUCAACGACUAUGGGGGACUUGAGUUGUUUCCGUAUAUGGACGGAAGCCACCAUUCUAUUGAUGAUGGCAUUACUUUCAUUCAUAGAGAUGACCUUGAAAAGUCUCUUUUCAAGCUCCAAGAAUCCCGAAAUCUCGACCUUGAAAAGUUCUCAGAAACAGCUCAGCUUUUCUUGAAGCAAGGCUGCGAGAACUUAAGCAUUCAUCCUUCUAUUUGCUUUCACUCGGCGAAUUCUUUGGGGGCCUAUUGUAAGAGUACGAUUUUCCGAGAUCUGCCACAAGAUCAAGAUGCGCUAGUUCUGACACAGGAAGCUGCAACUUUUGUUUCCAAAGUGUGGACUUGGAUAUCACAGCGUGACAUUGAUAUUUUUGACACCAAGGUAUCUUGCCUGUGGCUACUUCCUUUGAGCAAUGGUCGUCAUCGGAAGAUAAAACCCGAAGCAUCAGCCGGGCAAGUAUAUCUCUCUCCUGCCGGGGAAUCAGGAGAUCUGAUGCGCAAGUUUGAUUCAGAGUCGUUAACAAAGCCACUGCCGCUUCUGGACACCAGACCAGCCGGACUUGUCCCCAAAUCUGUGUCGCUUCUGUUGCGAAACCCAAAUGCCAAGUCAGCGCUUUUUAUCGAAGAUGGCAGCAGCUUAGUUUCUUUCUUGCAAUGGCUGCAUCAAACGUCUCCUAUGCUUGAUGGUGUCACAGACAAAGAUAGACAUUGGAUUGCAAAGCUAAUUGUGUCCGACUUGUGCAAAGUACUGACUUCCGCGGAACGUGAAACCGUCUUCGGCGUUUUGCGAACGCUGAAAAUCUUCCAAAGGGUGUCAUGGACCCUUCAGAAUAACAGAAUGGAAUCUAUAUUGACAUGGGUUAACUUGAAUGCUUGCAAAGAGUCGUUCGGACUCGUUGAUGGUGUCACCCCUGUCCCGGAAAUUGCAGGAAUUCAGUUCAUAGUUGCCCAAGAGUCAACUUCGUCGCAUCAAUUGCUCCAAACUUUUGGGCUAACGUGCCACAACACCGUUGAACUAAUUCAGAACCACCUCAUUCCACACUGGUCGAGCCAGAAGUUGAUUGACUGGAGUCCCUCUAGCAAGGAGCAACUGUCAGAGUUCAUUCUUCGAUACUUUUCUUGCUUGUCGCUCGCGACCCAAAAGAAGCUUCAGGCACUCCCGAUAGUUCCUGUAACGAAACUAGACGGAAAAGAAACCUCGGACUUUGCUUGCGCUAGAGAGCUUAUCGAUCCGUCAAUGCUGGAACUGACAGAAUUAUGUUUCCACGACGAGGCAAUAGUUCCGAAAAAGAAAUUCUUUGAAAAAUUCAAAGUCGCUUUGAAAGGUUGUGGCUUAAAGAUCGCAGUGGAUAAAGACGUUGUUCAACACCGAAUCAACUGUUACGCAGGCUCCAAACACCCAUUCGAGGAAAUUCGGCCGCGCGCCCACAAAUUAUUGAGAUCACAAUUCGCCUGGAUGUCUUCGCCGAAUAAUCAGGAGUACUCACAACUGCGCCAUCUCAAGUGGCUUCCAGCUGUCGACUUGAAUGGUACUCAUUCACUAUUGGCCUCUAAUGAGUGUCGAAGCCCUAGAGAUCGAAGGCUGGUCAACUCUCAAGUUCCAAUUCUUGAUAUAUCUAUUUCAAAAGAGUGGCAAGAGCGACUUGGCUGGGAAAACACCCUGUCGAGUCAAAUUCUGAUGUUUCAGUUGAAGCACGGUAUUACCGAGAAGGAUAAGAGUAUUGUCGACGCAGUCCUUACUUACAUUUCCCAGAGCAAGCUUACAGGGCAGUUGGUGAAAGAUUUGAAGAAUUUCGAGUGCGUCUUCGAUACCAAUGGCUCGUUCAUUCUGCCGUCACAAGCCUUUCGUCCCUCAAAACACUCGAUUCCGGGGUACGAGCGUCUGCAGCCAUAUCUGGCAAACGUUGACCGCAACUUCUGGAAAGCCCAUGAAGAACUACUACGCAAUAUUGGGGUUCGAGACAAACUGCAGCUCCCUGAUCUGUUCCAAAUCCAGACUAUAUUAGAGUCGAAGCAGAUCCUUGACGAUGCAGAUCUUGCUGUUGCAAUUGAGGUCCUAAAUUUUGCUUGCAAGUUUCCUAGAGCGUCUCUUACAAGCUUAAAAGUCGUCGAUAAAUUCCGUGUUCUUCAGCCAAUCCAUGACAUCAACUACGAUGAUCUUGGUCUUCUAAAGCCCAAGGAAAAAGUUAACCUUACUCACGAACAUAUCCCCAUGAACGUGAUAGUUGCCCUCCAGAUUGAGAGCUUGAGCGCGCGACUGGUCAAGGGCAUGCUGGAGAUUGAAGAUGUUGAUGACGAAGAUGAGUUCGACCAGCAGGAGAGUGUUACAAGCCGCAUCUCAGAUACUUUGGAUCGAUACCCUGUGGAGACAACCUUCAGAGAGUAUCUUGCAAACGCGGAUGAUGUGCAGGGAGCUUCAGAAGUCAGCUGGCUAUUAGAUCCGAGAAGUCAUGCUUGCAAGAAUCUGCUCACUCCCAAAAUGGACAUUUUCCAAGGACCGGCAUUUCUCGUGCAUAACAAUGGAGUUUUCAGCGACAAUGAUUUCAAAGGAUUCAAAAACGUUGGCGAAGGUAGUAAAGCUCAAGAUAAAGAGAAAAUUGGCCAAUUUGGACGUGGUUCUCAGACCAUGUAUCAUUGGACUGAUGUUCCUAUGAUCUUGUCCGGAAGAUUUUUACUUAUCCUCGAUCCACAGCAAGAGGUUUUACCGAAGAAUCAGAUCAAGGGAAAGCGCAAGCCGGGUGUUAAACUCGAGUUAUCCAAACUGAGGGAGGCUUGCGGCGACCAGCUUGCUCCAUUCCAGGAUCUAUGGGGCUAUGACCAAAGCCAAGACAACUAUCCAGGGACGAUCUUCCGUUUCCCACUUCGGGCUGGCAAAGCAAAGUCCAUUCUGAAAACAAACAGUAAAGACUUGAACAUUAGCGAGGUCCGCCGGCUUAUGAACAAUUACUUUGAUGAGGCCCGUGUCUCCCUCUUGUUUUUGAGACGAAUCAAGUCUAUUGAUUUCAAGAUUCAGGAUGACCAUGAUUCAGGAUGGUCUAUUACUCGACUAGCCACAGUGGAUGAUGAUGCGAAGUCGUUCUCUGAGCCGGUAACAUGCAAAUUCACGAAGAACGGGUUUCCUGCUGUUGCUGGUAUAGACAGAUGGUGGGUGUGCAUUGAGGACUUGCUCCCCGAAGUCGACCGUCUUCCAAAAACCUCUAAGAGAACCAUGAAGAAUGUUGAAUGCGGGUUUGCUGCUUUGCUUUCUUGCAAACCGGGUGAAGCUACAAUGCCUAUGCCCUUACAGCCCCUGGAACGACGCAUUUUCAACACACUCCCACUACCAAUAUCUUCGGAUCUUCCUGUGCAUGUUCACGCAACAUUCUUUCUCUCUGGUGAUAGGCAAUCCAUCGAAAUCGACAAACACGGAGCAGAGUCACACGGAGCUGAAUGGAACCGGUGGCUCCUCCAAGAUGCAUUGCCAAAGCUUUAUCUAUCAUUCCUUGACGAUAUUGGACAGCAGAUCCGACAGGAAGUCUUCAAUUUUUGGCCUCAAGAGGAGCCACCCAAGAGAAGCUGUGCAGAGCUACUUUUUGAGUCCUUCUGGGAUCAACUAUCCUCAAGCUCUCAACGACUCUUUCCUAAAGCUUACCCAGUUUCGACACUCUCUCAACGACGCGCAGCACAAUUAUUCGACUUGAAGCAAGCCGUGUUUGACUUCCUCCCAAAAGGAUCUUCAGAAGUACUUGCACCUUUCCUUAUGUCGUUGGGAGUGAAUCUGGUCCGCCAUGUUCCAGCAGGCGUUGCGAAACGUCUCAAAGCACUACCUAAUUCCAAAGUGAACUCCAUCACAGGCUCAACGCUGCGGCAGCUUCUGAAAUCAGCUCGUGCAAAUGCCUGUCUUCUGAAAGAGAUGAAUGCAAAUCCGCGCACCUGGGAAGUGCUAGUAGAUCAACUACUUCCUGCUGAUGCAGACCUCAAAGACUUGGAUGGCUGUCACAUUAUACCUCUCGCAAAUGGCAGUUUGGCUUCACUAAAGCUUAUACACACCCAGGCUACACAAUCGUUCAGUUUCUACUAUGUGGCUUCUGAUGAGGAGCUAAAGAUUUUUGAGUUUGCCUCAACGUGUUUGGUAAGUUCAAAAGUCGGUCAGAAACUUGAGCGAGUUUUGAAAAAUGGGAAGUUCAACUUGGUCACAUUGGAACUUGGCCAUAUGAAGAAGCUAUUGGAGUUGCAAUCUAUGGUAAUCGUCCCAGAUGCAGCUGGGGACUCAUGGCUCAUCAAAUUUUGGGCCUUGUGGGAAUCUCGGAAGGCCGUUGAGAAUAAGGUUGUGGAGGGUAAAACAAUUGACACAUCACUAGAUAUCGCAAAUUACGAUGCUAAAAUCUUUCGAGCGUUGCUUAAUGGCUCAGAGUUGUACGCCACGCCCGGAGAGUUCCAGAGGUUGCCAGCAGUUGUUGAAUCUUCUAUUAAGGAGCAUCAAAAGCUUUGUGAUAGCAUUCCUGGACUUUAUCGCUUCUGCCCCAAGUUCAUGCCAAAGUCUCUCGCGGGUACAGAAUCGUCGUUCAACAAAAAAGUUUCCUUCAUUCGUCUUAUUAGGGCACUACAACUGCUUGCUGAAGCAAGAAAUCUUCAACUUGAAGCCUUCAUCCUGGCCAACCUGGAUGUCUCAAACCUCAAGGUACUUCAACGUCUCAUUGUAGCCCAUGUUGCACAGCUAGAGCCAAAUAAGACAUCAGAGCAAGUUUCGGGCAUCAUGGAUCUUUUGAAAUCGAUUCCAGUAUGGCCGAGGUUCCAAGACUCUCCGAAAGAGGAGUUCAUAUCCGUCAAGAACUCGACAAUGGCUGUCAACCAUAAUCUGUUGGUGCCGUGGAUGAAGGACCGGUAUCGCUUCAUUCACCCGGACUUUUCGAAAGAGCGGACCAAUUUCCAAUGCCUGACCCAGAUGGGCAUCACGAAGCGUACCACGGAGGACGCCCUCUUGAAACAUGUUCUACCGUUGCCCGCAAAUCUUGAUGACGCCAACUGGAUGUAUUUUCAGCCCCUGAUUUCUGCCCUUUCAACCAGCUCCCUGCAGGGCCGUGCGCUACAGGUUUCACGGCUUAGCAAGAUUGCAGUCGAUGGGGAUGGCAUGUUGAGAGUUCCAAGCGAGUUGUAUGACCACGGUGAUGCAGUUUUUGCAGCGGCUUUCAGAUAUCAAGACGAAUCCAGAUUCAUUUCUGAAAAGCUGAAAACCUAUAGAACGUUUUGGCUGGAAGUGGGCCUUCGUCGCUGGGUAGCAGGGGUCAUUAAUGCUUCAGAUUACCUCCAAUGUCUGAAAGUUAUGAGCUUCAGGCUUAGGUCUACAACACCAUCCAAUGACCAGCACCUAAGUCAAGACAUCCAGACGGUCUUGCAUCCAUUGACUACCCCUAAUUCUGGCACUCAGAACUUCACUGCUAAUGAUUGGGCUGCUAUCUCACAAGAACGUCUUUUCGGCUCUUUCACUAGCUUUCAAAGCGAAUCUCAGUAUCGAAGAAAUACCAUGGAAUCUAUAGCUACUCAAAAGCCAAUCCUAAGUCUCGCAGAGAUUAUUUCGUAUGAUCACAUUCCUGUUUGUUGGAGUCAGACUUCGUUUGCCCACCAGCUACCAACACCAUCAGUUCUGGCCAAGAUGUCUGGUGACGGUCGCCCAACGACAGACAUGGUGUGGCGACACCUGGUAUACAUGAAGGAAUUUGCGAGCAACUUACACCAGAGUGAAGUUCCAAGUUUUCUAGCCGACCUUCAUCGCACCUAUGAGUAUCUGCAAGACCGACUUGACACCAAACCAGCCACUUUCAAACUCCAGAACAAUGCUGUGUGGUUGAAUACCAGUUCGUUGGAUCAUGAUAGCACGCCGUUAGAGGAUUUAAAUUCGUCCUGGCAAUCAAUUACAGAACUGGUCCUGCAUAGCUCUUGCGAUGCUGGACUAAUCAAGGCAGUUAGACCAGGUCUCGCGCGCUAUGUAAAAUUGCUACGGGUAUUAGGAUGCAGGUCAAUCAUCCAUCCAACGGUCACUUGUCCAACUCUUCACCAGGGCUAUUCCCUGGGAGGCUCAUUGAGGAAUCUACUGGAGCAGGGGUACCAGGUAGAUAUCACAUACCGUACAGAAGGCCGGGAGAUCAAAGGACAUCGCAUCAUCUUAGCUGCCGCGUCUCCAAAGUGCUAUCAUCAGUUUAAUGGCAACUUCAAAGUCGAGAAGGUUAUAGACUACGACAAUGACACCGAUCCUGACGAUUUUCUAUCAUACCACACCCUUUCAAACAUGUUUAAAUACGCCUACGGAGAUGUGAUUGAUUGGCCCAAGAUGCAGGUCGUAGAGAGCGACAGCGCAGCCGAGAAGAAAGUAAAGCUUGACUUGCUACUGGAUCUUCACAAGGGGGCUGAUUGUUGGUUGAUGUCUGCCUUGGCGUCGCAGGUAGAGGACAAGAUUUUGGCAGCUGGUAGAAUGCUCAUCAACUUAGAGAAUGUUGUCGAGGUCCGAAAGCGUGCGCAUAACGCUCAUGCCUCAUCGGUAGAGGAUAUGUGUGCCAUGUUUAUUCAGCAGAAUCUUGAUACUGUGAUGAAGGCGCAUGGAGGGAAGCUGGAAUAG